GCUGAUUUCACAAUCAGUUGUCAUCGCAGGCCCACAUCGAACACGCGGAUUGAAGGAUUUGACAUUUCCGAGGAAAUGAAUGAAACUUUAUUGAUUAAAAAUUCUUUGAUUACCCGAGAGAAAUAUCAGUUAAAUAAACAAGACCUAGCCUUGUAGAAACUGUCUGAUCGAUCGAGGAGCAGGAAAUCCAGUGACUUCCGUGAUAGACUUGCUACAAGUCGGACGGCCUUUCAUUCCUCAUCUACCUUCGACAUAACGUGUACAAAGUUUCGUUGUUCGACUGAGUAAAUUCUUGUAUAUAAGUGUAGAAUAACAAUAACUGGUAAUAUGGGUCUUCUGACAGAAGGAAGUCCCAUGAGUUGGGAAGAGACGAAAAAAUUAUCGGAUCACGUGCGAAAACACGGUAUUGUGCAAUUUAUUAACCUCUACAAAAGAUUGAGAGACAGGCAAGGAGAUGUUCUCAAAUGGGGCGACGAGGUUGAAUAUGUUUUGGUAAAAUUUAAUGAUGAGGAAAAGACCGCGAAGGUUAGCUUACGGGCAGAAGAAAUUCUGACAAUACUUAAUGAAAAAGAGGCCCAAGAUCCGAAUAACGUGAAAUCUUUGUGGAGGCCAGAAUAUGGUGCUUAUAUGAUUGAAGGAACACCUGGUAAACCAUACGGUGGCUUACUAGCACAUUUUAAUGUUGUGGAAGCAAAUAUGCAAUACCGGAGACAAGAAGCAAGCAUGUUAUUACAGCCAGGUGAAACACUGAUGUCAUUAACUAGUUUCCCGAGGCUGGGAGCAGCAGAUUUCACCGAUCCACCGACAAAACCAACUCCAACUAGUGGCGCGUCAAGAAGCUUGUUCUUUCCUGAUGAAGCUAUAUUUCCUGGUCAUCCUCGCUUCAAGACUUUGACGAGAAACAUUAGACUGAGGAGAGGUGAAAAAGUGGCUAUAAACUUACCUAUUUAUCCAGAUGAAAAUGUUCCUCGGACAUUUAAAGAAGAUUUUACGUUAUUGGGAGAUGAUGGAACUAGUGAGCGAGCAGCAAAAGAAAAUCAUGUGUAUAUGGACGCGAUGGGAUUUGGGAUGGGGUGUUGUUGUUUACAAUUAACUUUUCAAGCCUGUAACAUACAAGAAGCACGGACAUUGUACGAUCAACUUACUCCACUAUGUCCGAUAAUGCUAGCUUUGACAGCGGCAAGCCCACUGCACAAAGGCUAUGUAACAGACGUUGAUUGCCGAUGGAAUGUCAUAUCAUGUUCUGUCGAUUGUAGAACAGAGGAGGAGCGUGGGUUGAAGCCACUUAAAGAAAACAAGUUCAGAAUCAGCAAAUCUAGAUACGAUUCAAUCGAUUCUUACCUCAGUGAACAAGGCGAUAAAUAUAACGACGUUCCUUUAACUUAUGAUGAAGAAAUUUAUAAUCAGCUUUUGAAUAACGGGAUUGACAGAUUGCUUGCACAGCAUAUUGCCCACUUAUUUAUUAGAGAUUCAGUAUCGUUAUUUACAGAAAAAGUUCACCAAAAUGAUGAAACCGAUACGGAUCAUUUUGAAAAUAUUCAAUCAACAAAUUGGCAAACGAUGAGAUUCAAGCCACCUCCUCCAAAUUCCCCAAUAGGUUGGAGAGUAGAAUUCAGACCUUGUGAAGUUCAAAUUACAGAUUUUGAAAAUGCAGCCAUAGUUUGCUUUGUAGUUUUACUGACAAGAGUUAUACUUAGUUACAAAUUGAAUUUACUUAUACCCAUCAGUAAAGUUGAUGAGAAUAUGGCUAAGGCACAAAAACGAGAUGCGGUUAAAAAGGAAAAAUUUUGGUUCAGAAGAGAUAUAACAUCUGAUGCGAAGCAAUGCCCAGAUAAUGAAACUGAGUAUACAGAAUUUUCAGUGAAUGAGAUAAUUAAUGGAAAGGAUGGCGAUUUUCCCGGUCUAAUACCAUUAGUGAAUUCUUAUUUAUCCAGUAUGGACGUAGAUGCUGAUACACAUUGCACAAUUCAAAGGUAUUUGAAAUUGAUUCAGAGAAGAGCUUCUGGCGAACUCAUGACAACUGCGGCGUGGUUGAGAAACGAAGUGCUCACGCAUCCAGAAUACAAACAAGACUCUGUUAUAACACAACGGAUCAAUUACGACUUGCUGAAAAAAGUUCAUUUGGUACAAACGGGUGAAUUAUCAUGUCCCAAACUUCUUGGACCAUGUACAAUCUCGAAAACUACUGAAACCAUACCAGCAGCGGUGGCUAAAGCAGAAAAAUGUUCAACGCCAGAGUGUUGAGUGUUACAUCCAAGUAAAAAAUGUAGCAUUUUUGUUUACCUAUUGUUUACCUAUUACGUAUUAUCACUAUUCUUUAAUUUUGUUAUUUUACUUUAAAGGGAAACAACUGAUACUUGAAAUAUGUAAACAGUACUUACGCAUUGCAUAAGGUACACAAACAGUAUCGUAAGUAAUAAAAUAUUUUAUUAACACAUAAUGCUAAUGUGUCAACUUUGAAGGAGAUUCAGGUGAAAACUUGUGUACUUAGAUAUUUCGUUUGGGGAAUGCCAUUGUUAAAAUUUUUCUGUAAUACUGGAAUCACCCUCUUCAUCUUAGAUAAUCCAAUGGUAAUAGCAUAAAUUAUAUUUUUUUAAUUGACAUUGAAGUGGGUAGUACUGAUAAAAUUCCAUGUAACUUGUUUUCAACAAAUUGAUAGAAUAAUUAUGGUGCUUUUAUAGAUAGAGGCAAUGAAGUACAUGCGUAGAAAUAUGGUACUGCUACAUUGUAUCUUACUCUUUCUUGUAAUUUUAUUAUAAUUCAUUACACAUCAGUAAUACUAUACAUGAUUAUCAAGGCUACGGAGUUUCUACACUAGAGCAAAGUGCAUCUGUAUAUAUACAUAUAUUAAUCUAUAUAAUUGAACUUAGAGGUGUUGAAAAUUAGAAAUAACAAAGCCUACUCUAGAAAAUAAUUAGAUCUCAUUUUCUUUCGAUUUACUCAAUUUCAAAUAAUUAUAAUCUUACAAUUGUACACACUUGGACUUAUUUCAAAUCAUUUUCAAUGGCGAUGUAUCUUUUGAAAAGUUUAAGAAGUAGGUAUGAUUGAAUACCAACAUGGACUGUGAAAAAAUUCAAUUACUCUGCUAGAAGUGUACAUAGCAAGAUACAAAAUGAUUACUUACUUUCAGUCUAUUUUAGUGUCGUUUCACUUUCACCAAUCCUUUAAUUGGUCAGGUUUGAAAAAGUUAAAUUUGUUAAAGAUGCUAUUGACGUCUUUAGUACACAGCAAACUUUCUUCAGUCCCAAAAACAAAUAUAUAAUGCACUAUUCGUAAAUAAUUCACACACUUCGUAAAUAUUGCGAUUAUAAAAAAUUAUCAUUUAUUGUUUUCUUACCAAUGACAGUUUUGCAAAUAUCACAGCAGUAGUAUUCAAGUUGAAACUAUAACUACUAAGAGAACAUUACGCAUUUCUUUUUAAAAAAACGUUAUUGCUGGCAAAAAAAUUUAUCUUUGAUUAUAUCCGAGAUUUGAUGACAGUAACGGAAAAUUCUGAAUUAGGCUAACAUUACUAACAAUAUGAUAAAGAGUAAAAUCUCUGAGUUGAAAAUCUCCAGAUUUUUCCUCAGUUCCCCUUUGUUAUCUUAAAUUGUUAACAGCACUCUAUGUACACGUAGUCAUUCCAUAUGAUACAGAGAACAAAUAUUAUCAUAUAUUAGAUCUUUGAAUUUAGUGAAAAACACAUGGGGUAUCAUGAUUAUUUUUACCCAUCUGUUUUGAAAACUAGGCUUUGCCAUUAAAGAAAGUGUAUUUUUCGUUAGACUGUUUGUGCCCUGUUAGAUUUUUAGUAUUACGUCACAAAAUGGAGUCAUUCCACAUGAUACAUUAAGAAAACAGAGUCCUAAUUUGUGCAACGAAAGUUAGUUGAAAUAAAAAUCAGACAAGUAUUGCACAAAAUGUUGUCAUACGUAACAUCAAGAUUUUUGACAUCUAAUUUUCGUUGCACCUUCUAUUAUUUACAAUUGCCACAUAUGGGGUGUUUCGAAAAUAUGAUACAACAAAUUGUAAUUUAGUAUAAGUAGAACAUGUACGAUCAUUCUAUAGAAUUUUUAUACACGCUUGUUAUGUUUAUGAAAUAUACUAUUAUUUUGUA